AUGUUACCAUACCACCAGCAGGUGCCAGGUGGUUGCUAUGGUUACCACCAGCAGGUGGUCUCCCACCAGCAGUGUUACCACCCAGGUGGCUGCCCUAUGUUACCAUACCCUCCGGUCUGCCAGGUGGCUUCCCAUGGCUACACCCCUGACCCUCCCAUGGCUUACCCCAGACCCGGCUACACCCCAGACCAGGUGGUUGCUAUGUUACCCCCAUACCCUCCCAUGGCUCUGACCCUCCCAUGGCUACACCCCAGACCCUCCCAUGGCUACCCCAGACCUCCCAUGGCUACCCCCAGACCCUCCAUGGCUACACCCCAGACCCUCCCAUGGCUACACCCCAGACCCUCCCAUGGCUACCCCCAGACCCUCCCAUGGCUUCCCAUGCUACACCCCAGACCCUCCCAUGGCUACACCCCAGACCCUCCCAUGGCUACACCCCAGACCCUCCCAUGUUUGACCCUCCCAUGGCUACACCCCUGCCCCCAGACCCUGAUUAGACCCUCCAUGGCUCUCCCAUGUAAAACCCAGACCCUCCCUGGACCCUCCCAUGGCACUUGGACCUACCCCCCCAGACCCUCCCAUGGCUACCCCCAGACCCUCCCAUGGCUCAUCCCAUGGCUACAACCCAGACCCUCCCAUGGCUACACCCCAGACCCUCCCAUGGCUACCCCCAACCCUCCCAUGGCUACACCCCAGACCCUCCCAUGGCCCUACACCCCCCCAGACCCUCCCAUGGCCCUCCCACCCCCCAGACCCUCCCAUGGCUACACCCCAGACCCUCCCAUGGCUACCCCCCCAGACCCCAACCCUCCCAUGGCUACACCCCAGACCCUCCCAUGGCUACACCCCAGACCCUCCCAUGGCUACACCCCACCCUCCCAUGGCUACACCCCAGACCCUCCCAUGGCUACACCCCAGACCCUCCCAUGGCUACACCCCAGACCCUCCCAUGGCUACAACCCCUGA